CCCCCCUCCUCCGCCUCCGCCUCCCCGCCCCUAUAUACCUCGCCCGCGCCCUCCCUAUGCUGAGCUCGCACCCCCAAACCCCCGCGCCCCCGACGACGACGACGACGACUCUCCCGGCGACGACCCUUCCGACGACGAGGACCGGCCAUCAUGGGCGCCUGCCUGUCCUCCUCCAAGCAGGAGGCGGACGCGGAGCGGCGGCGGCGGCAGCGGCCGAGGGGCGGCAAGGCGGAGGAGAAGGGCGCGGCGGAGGCGCCCGCGGUGGAGUUCGGCUACGAGCGGGACUUCGAGGGCAGGUACGAGGUCGGCCGCCUGCUCGGCCACGGCCAGUUCGGCUACACCUUCGCCGCAGUCGACCGCCUCUCCGGGGACCGCGUCGCCGUCAAGCGCAUCGACAAGGCCAAGAUGACCCGACCUGUUGCUGUGGAAGAUGUAAAGAGAGAAGUUAAGAUUCUUAAAGCCCUUAAAGGCCAUGAGAACAUUGUUCACUUCGACAAUGCAUUCGAGGACGAUUCAUAUGUGUAUAUUGUGAUGGAACUUUGUGAAGGUGGUGAACUAUUGGACCGGAUUUUGGCAAAAAAAAACAGCCGCUAUAGUGAGAAAGAUGCUGCUGUGGUGGUGCGGCAGAUGCUCAAAGUGGCUGCUGAGUGUCAUCUGCGUGGGUUAGUCCACCGAGAUAUGAAGCCUGAGAACUUCCUUUUCAAAUCAACCAAGGAGGAUUCGCCUCUGAAGGCAACAGAUUUUGGUUUGUCAGAUUUCAUAAAACCAGGGAAGAAGUUCCGUGAUAUAGUUGGCAGUGCCUAUUAUGUUGCACCAGAAGUAUUAAAACGUCGAUCUGGACCUGAGUCCGAUGUUUGGAGCAUAGGAGUUAUAACUUACAUUUUGCUCUGUGGGAGGCGCCCUUUUUGGGAUAAAACAGAGGAUGGUAUAUUCAAGGAGGUUCUAAGAAACAAGCCUGAUUUUCGUAAGAGGCCUUGGCCAAGCAUCAGUUCAAGUGCUAAAGAUUUUGUUAAAAAAUUACUGGUGAAGAACCCAAGGGCGAGAUUGACAGCAGCUCAAGCUCUCUCACAUCCAUGGGUGAGAGAAGGAGGAGAUGCAUCUGAGAUCCCUGUCGAUAUAUCUGUGUUGUACAACAUGCGCCAAUUUGUCAAGUACAGCCGUUUUAAGCAAUUUGCGCUGCGGGCCUUAGCAAGUACAGUCAAUGAGGAAGAGCUAGCGGAUCUAAAGGACCAAUUCGAUGCUAUUGAUGUUGAUAAAAGUGGAUCAAUUAGCAUUGAAGAAAUGCGGCAUGCCCUUGCGAAGGAUCUUCCUUGGAGAUUGAAGGGCCCUCGUGUUCUCGAGAUCAUUCAAGCGAUCGACAGCAACACGGAUGGCCUUGUCGACUUCAAAGAGUUUGUUGCAGCAACUCUCCACAUACAUCAGAUGGCUGAGCUGGACUCUGAAAGGUGGGGCCUGCGCUGCCAAGCUGCUUUCAGCAAAUUCGAUCUGGAUGGUGAUGGAUACAUCACCCCCGAUGAACUUAGAAUGAAAGCAAAGGAGGUGUGGAGAGUGCUGGGACUGGAUCAGUUCAUUAAAAGAGCUUGCGAAGUUGAUUAUGCUGGUGAGGCGGUCCUCGAGUUUUUAUUCUCUAUACUUGAAAACGAGCUGACUAUCUUGUGUUAGAAAAACUGUGGUCUACCCCCUAUUCCUCCGCGCUUAUCCGUGAUGCCGCUCACAAUUCGCGUAUAUGAGGCUAGGGGGUAGGGACCUUUUUUUUUGAACCUGUGAACAGUAGGAGAACCUCCCACUGUUAUGUUUGUAUUAAAAUGGUGAUAUACAAUUUACAUGGUGUAUAUACAUGUGUCAACACCCCAUUUUGGGUGUGAGAGGGAGCUAGACUACAGAAGAAAGGAUGAUAGGGAUGAGAUGUUUAUGUUUUUCCUUGACCCUAUAGGUUAGGAGAAAGAAAUCUUUCUUAAAUCUGUCUAGCCAAGAAAGUUUUGUUGGGACAAUCCCCCUGAAGUGUUUAUUGUUGCGUUCCUUCCACAAGCUCCAUGCCGCAAGCAGGAACAUCUCCAUGAAUAGAGGUCGAUUCCAGUGCUGUUUGGCCAUAGCCACAUUCUGAAGGCGUGACAUUCCUUGUGGCCAGGAGAGUCCCAGACUUGUCCAACAUUCAAUGCUGAAUUGGCAUUCGAAGAAUAAAUGCUCCAGGGUUUCCUCAAUUUGCAGUCCACAAAGGAUAUAGUUGUGGUCUUCACCAAUGUUGUAAUGACAUCGUUUGAGCAUAUUCCUGGUAUUAAGGCGAUCAGUCAAAAGCAGCCACCCGAAAACCUUAAUCUUCAUGGUGGAUCUUGACUUCCAAAUCCAGCCAAAGGCCUCAUGCGCUCGAACAUCUCUGAAGUAGAAUGUAUAGUAUCUCUGAAGUAGAAUGUAUAGUAUCUAUGAGCUGUGAAUUGAUCUGAUCCCCAUGCAUAUAUCCAAACAUCUGCCUCAUCA